UCCACUGCACGGUGCAAGUCUGAUGUGUCUGGUUAUUAGACUGGGAGAAGACUGAGGAAGGGCCAGGCUGAGGCAUUGAACACUGCACAGGAGCUGAGAUUCCACAGGGACAGACCCCAAGUCAAUUCAGGAAACUCUGUUGCUGCACGGAAUCUGUGAGAGUCUGGGAAACUGCUCUUCGGAAUUUCAACCACCAUUCUAUACAUGCACAGACAGAUAGAAACCAGUAGCAGAGCCUAUCGUACGAUAUACUGGGACUGAAUUCUGCUGAACGGCGUUACUGUGCUCUGGAUGUAAACGGAUUCUAAUAUCUAAUUGUAGAAGAGGUAGGGGAUCAGAAUUAAAUAAUAUUAAUAGCAAAACUGUUUUGUGUUUAUUAGAAGGGCAAGUGGUUAAGUAAACCAUCUGUUGCUGUUGGCCCUUUUCAGUACCUUCAAGACAUAAGCAACCAGAAGUAAACUGUUUAAUAGUGAUUUUAAAUAUACAACAUACAGUAUUAGGGCAGAAUAAUUCCUUUCUAUUCAUUCUGUUCUGCUCGAUUCUAUUCUAUUGAUCACAAUAUAUAAAUUGAGUUAUAGAUAUUAUACACUAAACUAUAAGAAGAUUAUAUCUUUCUGUUUUCUUUUCUUAUAUAUGUAUUAAGCAAUAUCCAAAGAAGCGUUUACUGCUUGAAAUAUAUCCAGAAUUUGUUACAAGCUGUAAAACUAGUAACAGAGGAACUAAUGUGUUGAAUUGCCUGUCAGAAUUAAUAAAGAACUAUCCAGACCACUCCACAUUUAAAGAUCUCAGCGGAAAAGCCCUGCUGUUCCUGUCGCUGAAGCCUAUCAGUGUCAGGCAUGGAUUCUCAAGGACCCUAUCUGAACCUAAAUGCCGUGGCCUCUCCGGUGGGCGUGGCCCGGGUGUGGCAGAUCAUUUUCAGCUGCGUCACUGUGAGCCUGGUGGCGCACCAGGCGGGCUUCAGCGCGGCCUACGGGACCUUCUGCAUGUUCGUGUGGUGCCUCUGCCUCACCACGACGGCCUGCGUGGUUGCGCUGGAGUUCACGCGGCUGCACACCUGCCUCCGGCUCUCGUGGGACAAUUUCACCAUCACCUUCGCCAUGCUGGCCACGCUCAUGUGCGUCACGGCCUCCGUGGUCUACCCCAUGUACUUCCUGCAGGCACAGUGCCCUCACGAGGGCUGUGAGGUCCGCAACUACCGCAUUGCCGUCACCGUCUUCUCCUGUCUGGCCUCCGUGGCUUACCUGGCUGAAGUCAUAGCCGCCAGGGCCAAGCCUGGCCACGUGUCGGGCUACAUGGCCACAGCGUCGGGCCUCCUCAAGAUCGUCCAGGCCUUCGUGGCCUGCAUCAUCUUCGGGGCGCUCGUCAACGAGAGCCAGUACAGCCGCCACGUGGCCACCCAGUACUGCGUGGCGGUCUACAGCUUCUGCUUCGCCGUCACGGUGAUCGUGGUCCUGCUGACGGUCUCAGGGAAGACGCCCCUGCUGAAGUGCCCCUUCGACCGCUUCGUGGUGGUCUACACCUUCGUGGCCGUGCUGAUGUACGUGAGCGCGGCCGUGAUCUGGCCUGUGUUCUGCUUCGACAAGAAGUACGGCAGCCCCCGGCGCCCCUACAAUUGCACCCGGGGCAAGUGUCCCUGGGAGAGCCAGCUAGUGGUGACCAUCUUCACCUACAUCAACCUGAUCCUCUACAUCGCUGACCUGGCCUACUCACAGAGGAUUCGCUUCAUCACCCAGCAUUAAGACAGCUGCUCACCUGGGACACCUCCAGCAGUCUGGAAACACAACUUUGCCUUGAUGCAAAUAGAACUAGAGACUCAUAUCUGUGCCUGUGUUUGCUAAAUAUGUCAACUAUGUUGCAGUUUGAUAACUUCCCAGUAAUAACCCAGUAUUAUGUAGAUGUUUGCUUGUUGUUUUAUGCAGUGAUUGUAUUUUAUUUCUACUAUUUCCCAAGGACACUUCAGUAGCUGUGAGCUUUGUGCUUUUCAAUUUAGAUAUUUUAUUAACAUUUGUUAUCAGAGAGCAGAUCUUGCUCACUGUUCUUUUACCAGGGAAAAUAACAUAUUCACAUGGAAAGGAGCUUCGAAACGAUUGUGCUGAUUUGAUGAAUGGGUUAGCAUUACAUUCACUUGUAGAAAUGUGACAUUUAUCAGUUUGGGUGUGUGUGAGCAUGUUCUUCAGAAGUGGCCUUGCUGUGUGUAUGGUAUGCGUUUAAAGACAACACCUUCAACAGUACAGUCCCCUCACAAGCUAAGCUGGGGUGGCAGAAACUGGAGUUUACUACCUGGCCUAAGCGGGAUUUUAACUGGAAAAUUCUGAGCUGCCCACAGCAGGCAUAAAACACUGCAAGCUGUACAGGCUGAUUAAAAUAGAUUGGCUAUGUGUGUGUGAUAAUGCUGGGACAAAUAUUAAAAAAUUCAAACAAAAACUUGAUCAUUUUGGUCAUGUAACAAAAGGAAACCAAUGCACAGCUGCAGUCUGGUGUGGAUAACAAACACUUUACUGUAUAGAAGAGUGCUGCUUCUCUCCUUUCAUUAACAGAUCAUUGGCUAGGGUUUAUUUUGCCCCUGAGAGAUUUUUAUUACUGUAACAUCAAUGGUGAAAAACACAUUUUAAUAUAACAAAGCUAGAAUCAAACAAAUGUCUGGGAAAAUGUUCUAAUGAAGGUUCUAGUAUUGUUGAUUCUGCUGAUCAGUAUAUUAGCUUCUUACCUGUCUUACUUCAACCAUAUCGAUACAACUUGAUCCUGAUGUAGCUGUUGGCAGAAAAAUCUGUUUGUCUGUUUGUAUAUGUAUGUAUGUUUAUAUGCUAUUCUUUGUGAAAAAUUACAUCAGAGUCUUGGUCCUAUUUUACA